AUGAAUGGAAGAGAACUGCCUGCAGCGGCUCCAUUGCCGUCACAGCCCUAUAGCAUCUUCGACAAACGCCAAACUGCCUUGAUCGUAACGAUUGUCUCCAUCGCAGCAACAUUCUCAGGUUUCGCAUCAAACAUUUAUUUUCCAGCCCUCCCAACCAUCACCCACGAUCUGGAUGUCUCAAUUGAAAUGAUCAAUCUCACUGUUACUUCAUACCUUAUCUUCCAAGGCCUAGCCCCCAGUCUCUGGGGCCCGAUAUCAGAUGUCAAAGGCCGUCGAGUCGCAUAUUGGCUCACCUUCAUUGUCUUUUUGGGGGCGUGUAUCGGCUUAGCAGAGGCCAAGAACUACGCCACUAUGGUUGUGCUGAGAUGUGUUCAGAGCACUGGUAGUGCUAGUACAAUUGCCAUAGGAUCGGGUGUAAUCGGGGAUAUCACAACUCGUGAUAAUCGCGGUGGACUCAUGGGAAUCUUCCAAGCAGGGCUGUUGGUACCCGUGGCAGUGGGACCUAUUAUCGGCGGUGCGCUGGCUGGAUCUCUUGGAUGGAGAUCUAUCUUUUGGUUCUUGACCAUCUACAGCGGUGUUUUUCUGGUUCUCUUGGUUCUUCUCUUGCCUGAAACGUUGAGGUCUAUUUUUGGUAAUGGGAGCCGAGAACCUGCACACGCCUUAGCCAAAUACCCUCUACUCUCUACAUCGCCUGCUGCCAAAAAGCACAUCGACAUUACAGGACCCUUCCGCAUCCUCAUCAGCAAGCAAGCCGCUUCCAUCAUCGUCUUCCUCGCAGUCUAUUAUGCUGUUUGGCAGAUGAGCAUCACAGCCAUGUCUAGUCUCUUCGAAGAUAGAUACGAUCUCACGGAAACUCAGAUCGGCCUGACAUUCAUCGCCAAUGGCGUGGGUUCAAUGGUGGGAACACUGAUUACCGGCAAGAUACUCAGCAUCGACUACCGCCGGUUUAAAGCUCGGCACGAUGCACGCAUUUCGAGUAGUAACACGGGAGAUGACGUUGAACCCGCUAAUACGCAAAAGACGCAAGAAAACGACUUCCCGCUUGAGACAGCACGUCUCCGCCUCGUCCCCCUGUUUUCCCUCCUUCAAUGCGCGUCCAUCUUGCUCUGUGGCUGGACCAUUCAAUAUCCGCAUCGAGUUCACAUCGCGGUUCCAAUUGUAUUAGGAUGCCCUGCAAAUGGGACUCUGUCUCUCCCGGCUACUGGUCGGCGCAUCGUUAUCGCCAGCAGUACUAUCUUCGUACAGAUUUUCAGAUUCAUCUUCAAUAUCGUUUCCACGUUCUGUAUCCGGUUCUGUUAG